AUGGUUCUCGUCGUCAACAGACAGCAAGUGCUGAAGCUGUACAAGGAGCUUCUUAUCUCCGCGAAGCUUCUCAAAUACACCGACAAGGACUAUUACAAGAGGAGGGUACGAGAAGCCUUUCGGGAGAAUCAAAAUGUGGCAGAUCCGGCGAGGCAGGAACGACUGUAUCUGAGAGGAACCUUUAUUCUCGAGAACAAAAUGGGCGGUCUGCUUUGA